AUGCCGGCACCCAUCGCAAUUUCCCAGACCCAGUCUCAUCUGGACUCAUUUGGCGCUCCACGGUCAAGCGAUAUGACACCCGGUGUGAGUGCUAGCAACGUACCCUACCCGACACCUGGCAGCGCCUCCUACCGUGAAGCAAUGGCCCUCUCAUUUGGCAAGGAUGUGGCAGAGUGAGUGUACCGCCCAUCUGCAUUGCUUUUCACUGCCUCACACUAACCCACAAACCUGUUCUUAAGUGUCAUGGACUACUCGAUCGCAAGUUUUUCAACCUCUACCGACUCCACAGCCUCGGACGCUACUGCGCUGCCUUCCACCUCCGUUUCGCGCAAGCUUGACACCACAUUUUGCCGCAACUUCACCUGCUGUGGCAAGGCUCUCGAUGACCUUCAUGACCUGCUGCAGCACUACGAAGAGCGACACGUCCGCUGCCAAGACGACGACUUGCCAUCCAUGACGUCCGACGAUGACUACUCCUCGCAAUCAUCUGCUUCGCAACCGCCCAGCCCUCGCUCUAGCUGCCACCACGAUGCUGACGACACCUCCGCAUUCGACAUAGCCGUUAUGCGAUCACCCUUCCAAGCGAAAGGCAAAAAGCGCAGCUUCGGUCAAUACAGCAGCUCUCACAACCCCACCCACCAAUCCCUGCGACGUGCAUUGAUCGAUGGCGGCAUCGGCAGACGUCAGCCUCAGAUCUACACUGCCAAUUCGCCUUUUUCCACGCCGGACAGCUCCGUGCCUGGCACUCCAAUCGGCGAAAGCGAGGCAGAUGCUGCCUUCGUUGGUGGCAUGACACCUUCCUUCUCAUCAAUGACCAUCCGCAACGGCUUCCACGACGACCACAACCUGCCAAGCUGCGCCCCGCCCAACCUGUUCUUCCCUUCUGGCGGUUCAGCUUCUCAGACUGGCCACGUGCAACCUCCCAUGAAGCGCGAGCGCGUCGACUCGAUGGGCGGAUCCAUCUCCCCUUCAACUGCUCGCGUCAUGGCUGAUGCCAUGUCCGAGGGCGAGCUCAAUGGCGCAGGCGGGAUCUUCGUUGAGAAGCCCUUCAAAUGCCAGAUACCUGGUUGCGACAAGGCUUACAAGCAAGCGAACGGCUUGAAGUACCAUCGACUUCACGGGACCUGCAAUCAAAACUUGCUUCCGUUGAACCAGCAAAGCAUCAAUGGCAGUCAUCCAAACAGCAGGGCUUCUACUCCGUCUGCUCGCACUGCCAUGAACCCUGACGGCACAUUGUGCGAUGGGUCUACGCCACCUAGUCCAAGCUCAGCCGCCGCUAUGGAGAUCGCCGCCAGCAGAAUGGAGAAGCGUUACGUCUGCCAGGUUGGUGCGUGCGGCAAGCACUUCGGUUCCAUUUCAGGGUUGAAGUACCACUACACGCACUCUGGGUCCCACGGUCUACUCGGCAUGGCGUUGUUGUCUGCGAACGGCGGAGGGGCUAGCGCAAGAAUUGAAACGUCAACUGGACGACCGCUGGUCAACACCAGCACGUUGACCAGCGAGCAGCUCGCCGCUGCAGCUCAAGCGGCGCUAGCUGCGCAGACAGCGCAACAGAACGCUGCUCAAGCUAAGGCUAUGGCGACCCCGCAAACCAGCCCAACGGCGUCGCCUGCUCCCAUCAUGUCCACCUCGCCCAAGACUUCGCCAGCUCAAGCAUCACCGACUUUGGCAUCUGCGACCAGUGUACUGGCAAGUUCAUCGCCUGCUACGAUGGCUUCAACCCUCGCACCGGCGCCGUCCACAGAGGCUGUUUGA